GCCUGAACCGUGUCCCUGCCCUCUUUCUUUAUAACAAACAAGGUUGCAUUAGUCGCGUCACCAUGAUCCCUCACCAGUAUUAUCCCACCACUAUACAUCUCCCUCACUUUACCACCAAUGAGACGUGGGUGGUCUCCCUGAUCGCCCAAUUUGGCUUCUUAUGGGCUGCAGUCCUGGGGACUGCCUUUCUCAUCAUACGACGCGUGCGACCGAACGCAAGUCGAUCGGAUAAAUUGGCCUUUGUGUGGAUGUGCUUGACGGGCUUCAUUCAUUUCUUCUUUGAGUCCUACUUUGUUAUUCACCAUGAGACCCUUGCAGGCUCACAGGAACUAUUCGGCCAGCUCUGGAAGGAGUACUCUCUGUCAGACUCCCGCUAUCUGACGUCGGACGCAUUCCUUGUCACCAUGGAGGCCGUAACUGCUUUCUGCUGGGGACCCCUGGCCUUCUUUAUCGCCUACUGCAUCGCAGUACAGCAUCCUGCACGUCAUGCCCUCCAGCUGCUGAUCUCCGUCGGUCAGGUCUAUGGCGACGUCCUCUACUAUGCCACUAGUCUGUUUGACCUUUACUUCCACGGGGAAACCUUCUGUCGGCCUGAAGGUUACUACUUCUGGUUUUAUUACUUUUUCUUCAACUUCAUUUGGAUGUUCAUUGGCUCUUAUUACGUGAAACAGAGUGUCGGGGAGAUUUAUAGAGCAUUCAAGAAGGUGCAAGAGUUGGAUUCAUCGCGCAAAAGAAAUUAAUUCGGGAAGACUAUAUUAAAUCAGUCGAUCUUCUCCAGAACAGGGAGACCCUGUUGUUUGGUCCGUGAAGAGUAUAUUCUCGAUAUUUCUUCACCAGACCCAUAUUUAUUAUAGUAGAUAAUUCAUCAUUCUAGAUUUCAGUGGCAUAAUGCAUGUUAUUUAUUAGAUACUCUCA